UGCGGGGGCCGCUCCCGGCAGGACCUCAGUCCCGGAGCGUGGGCUAUGCGCAGCUGACGGUCCCGGCGCGCGGGCUUUCCUCGGGCGCAGCGCGCAGGCAGUGCGCCCCAGCGAUGGAGUGUCCCGGGAGACGGCGAGCAUGACGGCGGCAGGAUGGGCGCGAACAAUGGCAAACAGUACGGCAGUGAGGGCAAAGGCAGCUCAAGCAUCUCAUCCGACGUGAGUUCAAGUACAGAUCACACGCCGACCCAAGCCCAGAAGAAUGUGGCUACCAGUGAAGACUCCGACCUGAGCAUGCGCACACUCAGCACGCCCAGCCCAGCCCUGAUAUGCCCACCGAACCUGCCCGGGUUUCAGAAUGGAAGGGGCUCGUCCACCUCCUCGUCCUCCAUCACCGGCGAGACGGUGGCCAUGGUCCACUCCCCGCCGCCGACCCGCCUCACCCACCCUCUCAUCCGGCUCGCCUCCAGACCGCAGAAGGAGCAGGCCAGCAUCGAGCGCCUCCCGGACCACUCGCUGGUCCACGUCUUCUCCUUCCUGCCCACCAACCAGCUGUGCCGCUGCGCCCGCGUGUGCCGCCGCUGGUACAACCUGGCCUGGGACCCGCGGCUCUGGAGGACUAUCCGCCUGACGGGCGAGACCAUCAACGUGGACCGCGCCCUCAAGGUGCUGACCCGCAGGCUCUGCCAGGACACACCCAACGUCUGCCUCAUGCUGGAGACCGUGACGGUCAGUGGCUGCCGGCGGCUCACGGACAGAGGGCUUUACACCAUUGCCCAGUGCUGCCCCGAACUGAGGCGACUGGAGGUCUCGGGCUGUUACAACAUCUCCAACGAGGCCGUCUUUGACGUGGUGUCCCUCUGCCCCAACCUGGAGCACCUGGAUGUGUCAGGAUGCUCCAAAGUGACCUGCAUCAGCUUGACCCGAGAGGCCUCCAUUAAACUGUCCCCCUUGCAUGGCAAACAGAUUUCCAUCCGCUACCUGGACAUGACGGACUGCUUCGUGCUGGAGGACGAGGGCCUGCACACCAUCGCGGCGCACUGCACGCAGCUGACCCACCUGUACCUGCGCCGCUGCGUCCGCCUCACCGACGAGGGCCUCCGCUACCUAAUGAUCUACUGCCCGUCCAUCAAGGAGCUGAGCGUCAGCGACUGCCGCUUUGUCAGCGACUUCGGCCUGCGGGAGAUCGCCAAGCUGGAGUCCCGCCUGCGGUACCUGAGCAUCGCGCACUGCGGCCGCGUCACCGACGUGGGCAUCCGCUACGUCGCCAAGUACUGCAGCAAGCUGCGCUACCUCAACGCGAGGGGCUGCGAGGGCAUCACGGACCACGGCGUGGAGUACCUCGCCAAGAACUGCACCAAGCUCAAGUCUCUGGACAUCGGCAAGUGCCCACUGGUCUCUGACACGGGCCUGGAGUGCCUGGCCCUGAACUGCUUCAACCUCAAGCGGCUCAGCCUCAAGUCCUGCGAGAGCAUCACGGGCCAGGGCCUGCAGAUCGUGGCGGCCAACUGCUUCGACCUCCAGCUGCUCAACGUCCAGGACUGCGAGGUGUCCGUGGAGGCUCUGCGGUUUGUGAAACGCCACUGCAAGCGCUGCGUCAUCGAGCACACCAACCCUGCCUUCUUCUGAAGGGACAACUUCCGUCCGGCGCUAUCUUGAGACAAACAGGAACGAGAUGAAAUGUUUUGUUUUUGUUUUUGUUUUUGUUUUUUUAUGCAGCAUAUGUAAGCACCGACACCCACUCAUAACAGUUCUUUCUUCCAGGAAGGUUCUUAGGCGUCUUUUUUUUUUUUUUUUUUUUCCUAAUUUCUCAUGGGUAACAGAGGUCAAGGAAAGGAAGGGCGGGGACAAAUUUCUAUUAUAGUAAAUGGGUUUUUUUUUUUGGUCAGGUCGUUCAUAGGCAGUUUCUGUUCUCACGAAAGAUGUGUCUCAGAAAGCCGAUGGCAGCGUCUUUAGAAACGCCCUGUUCUCUCUCUGUCUCACUUCUCCUGGCCAGGUCUUCGGGGUUCUACACCCCCAUCCCUCCUACUCCCCGCCCCCACCAGCAGCAACAAACCAUUAGAAAAAUAAUGCUCUCCAGACCUCCUCCUCUUCAAAGGCCUGGAUUGGCCAAAGCCACACUCUUCAAUCCAACCCCCUAGCAAAUUCUUGUUAAAUUAAUGUCACAGUACCUGGUCUACAUACACAGUACUUCCAAACCCUUUUAAAGACUCUCAAGCAGGAUGGUGGAAGAGGAGACCUGAAUUCCGCCCCCAGCCCUGCCACUUACUAGCUCAGUGACCUAGGGCAAAGCACUUGACCACUGUGGGCUCUAGCUUCCAGCGCUGAAUUAGAGGCUAUCCAGCUUGUAGAUUAGCUUCAUGCCCGUUUUAGAAUCGAAGGAACUGAGAUGUCGCUAAACAAGCACCUUGGCAUAGAGCACACGAGGCCUCUACCUCUGCCAACGGUAUACAUUCUGUGGACGCUUAAAGGAGGUUCGGAUGUGCCAACGCCAGUGUCCUGUAUGUCCUUCACUCCGAUCUGAGUAUCCGCCCCCGCAUCCCUAUUUGUUCCGACACUUGAGUCUCUUGGGCACCUUCUCCCACCCAGCUAGAUGGAUGGUUUCUGUGCACAAGUGCUUUCAGCAUCAGCCCACUUCACACCACCAUAAAAUUCCUAAUCACAAAAAAAAUAAGAAGAAGAAGAAGAAGAAUAAAUAAAAAUUCCUAAUCUCAGCAAAGCCUACACCCGCCCAGGCAAAUUGAUCUUUCUGAGUGUUUUCAAUAGGAGUUAAGACCCUCAGAAUUUUUAAUUAACAAGCGAGACCCAAGAGAACACAUGUCCUCCAAGAUUUUUCUAAUCCCAGUGCACACGUGGCCUGCAUCAGGCACAUCUGCCCUGCAGCUGACAGGAACAGACGCCGCGGCUCGUUGUCAUUCAGAUCACAUUUCUACUUUUCUCAUCUAUUUAUUUCUUUGUGCAUCCAGACUUCAUCACACGAAGCCUAUUGGGGUUAAGUCGUAAGCAUUUAAUUGUGCAGAUUGCCACCUUGUGUGCCUUCCCUUGUAGCUGUCUGCAUGUUCUCUGUCAGAGAGUGCACGGCAGACUUCCAGGUGUUUAAAUACUGUUUACUCGAAAAUGCCAGACGAAUGGAAGAAGGAACACAUUGAUAAGGCUUAGGUGCUGGUCCACCAACCAGGCCCUUGGAAUAGAACAUUAAAAUCAUUGCUGAAUGUGAUUUUUAAAUGGUCCUAUUUGGAUAGAGAUCCAUUUGCUAGCUCUAUUCCUGUGAAAUCAGGAUGCCAGAAGAAAUUCCAUUACUCGUUUUAUGAAAUUUAGUUGCCUUUGUUAAUAAACACGUGACCUUUCCCAAAUUAUUCUCUGGCCACACCCCACCAUCACUGUUCCAACAGUUCAUCCAUUUCUUUCUCAAAGGGUCUACCGUGCAAACCCAGAACCUCUGCAUCUCCGAGGCAAGCAUGUGGACUUUGUUUCAGCUCAAGCUUACACACCACUCGACAACUGCACUCCCAUGUAGGCUCCCUGCGUUUCUUUGUCUUAUGUUGGGAAGGAGGAGAUAGAGUGAGGUGGUGUCUGCCCAGGAGGCUUCUUUCAUGCACCAUAUGAAAUAUGGUCUUCUCGCCAAUCAACAUCAUCAGCAAUUUAGAUGUGCAAUCAAGGCCACAGGGGAAAAUGAAUUAUUUGGCUGGGGAUAGUAUCCAGUGAUAGUCGUAGGGUUUAGAAGCAUGAAAAGGAGUUGAAAGUAGCAUUCCCCUGCUCUGUGACUUGUGACCUUGUCUAAAGUUUCAAAAUUUGAGUCACAAAGGAUUUUUUCUAACCCUUGGCACUGGAGUGUUCCAAGUGAGCUGCCUUAAUACUUCUGGAAUGAAAAGGGAGAGCCCAAAUGGCUCCCUGCGAAGGUAUAUCCCAUUAUUACAGAUAUGUUCAUCACCACCACUUCGCCACGUCACCUAAACUAUCUUCCAAACAUGAGACAAAGACAAACUUUCACUGAUUGCCCAGCACAUUCUCUUUCCCAGUUUCUCCUUUCUUCCCAAUCUUCCCUUCCAUUCUGCUUCCCGUUGGGGUGUGAAUCUAUGACAGAGGUUACUGGGGAAACAGCUCAGCAGAUUUGGAGAGACCAAACAAAAGGCCUCCCUAGGAAAUUUAUCGGUUUUAAAACUUGCUUCCUUCCUGCCUCUGCUAAAUUGAAUGCUCAUUGUUUUUCUUUUUUUUUUUUUUUUACAUUCUAAUGUUCAAAUCACUGCGUGCUGUAAGACUCUAGAAAGCCUUAAUUUACUACCACCGAGAAAUAAAGCAAUAUGUUGGUAAUCGG